GACUUCAUGAGAAUGAACAAACGUAAAGCAACACGCUCUAGCGAACUUGAAUUAGCACAAUGCAUACCUAGGUACCUAUUCUUCCUUUGAAACUUGCUUCGGUAUAGAUCUUGUUCUCAUUCCUUCCAAAUUGAAUUCAACUUGACUGAGAACUAUCUGUUGGAUUCUUACUACUACCUGGUGCACACUUUACAUCCUUGGCAUUGCUUUGAAUUCGAGCCAUCCAGUCCACGACACCAAGGCUAGAAAGAUAUCCAACACAGCACGUGAUUGCGCGACUCGACAGCCUCAAAUAUUAGGCUUCAAGCCAUCCCCCCACUUCCUCCUGCAUCUUUCACCCACAAUCUCCACCCAGCAACACAACACAAAACGCGUCAAUUCAUCCACACAACAAUAUCAACUCCACACACCUACACUAACAAACACCAUCGCGACAUUUACGAUAAGACAUAAAUCCCAUUGCGCCAAACGUUUUUGGGUACGACUAAUCCUUGGAUCGUCGCAUCGGGAUAUUCGACAUGGCUCGAACAUCUGCGCGGUCGGUGUCGCGAGACCUCCCAUCUUCACCACCAACCAAAUCCACAAAUCCUGUUCCAAAGACCACCCGAUUAACUCGUAGCCAAAGCGUCGAGUUGGAUUUUCGUAUACCUCGCCAAGAAAGUGUUGAGGGUACGGGUGAUAAAAAUGAGCAACAAAAUUCUAGGAGUGGUCGCAAAGCUGCUGGCAAACGAGCACCCGGUCGCAGAGAAUUGUCCAUGGUUGCAGAAGAUAAAGAAGUCUCAUCCGAGGAGGAAGAUGCCGAACAAGCCAAAGCGGACGAGGAUCCUGAAGCUGGUGAACAAGCCGAUGAUGAAGAAGACCGUGAAGCUGGCGAACAAGCCAAGGUGGACGAGGAUCCUGAAGCUGGUGAACAAGCCGAUGAUGAAGAAGAUCCUGAAGCUGGUGAACAAGCUGAUGAGGAGGAGGACCCUGAAGCUACUAAAGUGGCAGACCAAGAUGAAGAGGAUCUUGACACAACCAAGGUCGCAAGUGGGCAAGAAUACGAUUCGGAGGACGAAGGCCGCAGCGAUUUCUCAGACGAUACGCGCACAACAUCACACACGAAACGGGUAAUGCAAAUUAUCAAUUCCAGGUCGGCUAUUGAGACCCUCCCAGACCUUUACGAUACAGCUAAGAAGAUUAUCAACAAAUCUACCAAGAAAGGAAUUCGUCCAAAGGAAAUGGGUCGCCAUCUUAAAGCUUUGGAAUCCAUUUCUAAUGAGCUUGAGGUUUACAAAGAGCCAUAUGGAAGAGAACAGUUUAUCGAAGUUGACAUUGUUCUGGAAAAGGUUUCUGGAUCCUUAAAUUCUACAGGUCUUGGCUCAAGUGAUCUUGGUGGUUGGGCGGCUCCUUUCACAGCAAUUCUUCAAUCGGCGAAUCUUGCAACUCUUCUAGGCCAAGUUAUUCAACUGCGGGAGGGUAAUGAAGUUUCACAAGAAGAGUUGAUGUUAUUUCUUCAAUCUCUAGAGAAAAUGUUUCCUCGCCCAUUCGUUUCUAAGUUUGCCGCGCCUAAGGAUUACGGAUCGGAAAGCAGUAGAUUGAUCAACGAAACUCACACUAUUAUGUUAGAAAUACGAACUCAGCUUUUUGAGCUUACUGCCCGUCAGUUAGAACCCGGCCGGAAUUUCAAUCCCAAUGAACUCCUAACUUCUUGCUUUGAGGGUGGUUUUAGGAAAAAAGACACCAAAACUGGCGAGAGGGUGGACAUCAUCCGCAGUAUGUUUUUGCCCCCAGCUCAAGCAAAGGAUUCGGGUAGUUAUGUCGAUUUUGAACGUCUGAAUAAAUCAUUUCCAAGAUCUAAAUUCUUCAAUGACCUUGUCGAUUAUGGCGAAAAGCGCUGGGCUGAGGUAGAUUUGAUCGUAGAAAGCCGAGGUGGUAUCGACAAUGUGAUGGUACCCUUUGAAGAAGUUGUUAAGGAUAUUCAAUCGGAUGCCGAAGAAGAAACUGCUAAAAGUGACCAACCCGACUCCGAACCCGAGAUUCGUGUAGACUACGAGCCGGAAGUAUUAGAACGUGAAGAUAGUACAACCUCGGAAAGGGGCCCUCAGGCAUCCGCACCAAGAACAAAAAAAGACUUUCAUGACAACCCGAGUGCUAUAACGAAGCUUGUUAGUCUCAGAAAGCUGGCGGGAAGUCGGACAAGCGGUGGUAUAGAAGUCGGUUCUAGCAUUCCUGCUCCGUCACAACCAGAGGAGCAACAGGACUCUCAAAUCACACAAAAUUUCAAGAAAUACAGCGAUUCCCAGAAUAAAGAAAAUAAAAGUCCUGAACAACCCCUGGUAUCUCGAGGCCGUCCAUUGAUAACGACUACUUCAAAACGUAGUGGAAUGUAUAGGAAGCACUCAAAUGCCCAAAAAGUGGUGUGGGUGGAAGACAGCCAAGGAUUUCCCAUAGAUUCUCAGGCGGAUGAUCCGGGACCAUCUCAGCCAAGAAACAACAAGCGCAAAGUCCCUACAUACCUACAGGCGGACAAUGAAGUACUUCAACCAGCCCAACCAAAAACCAACAAGCGUAAAGCCCACGCUGCAGAUAUUCUGUCGGAUGAUGAAGGUCAUAACUCAGAUGAAGAUUUUCAAACCGACCAAAGAAACAGGGAGCCCCGGCGUAGAAUUGCUGUACCUAAAUCUUCAGCCCGACCCAGCAAACGGCCACGUACCGAAGUGGGUGAAAGUUCUCUAGCACAAGAUUCGCGUAGUAGAAAAAAUUCUAAAGAAGCCUCAUCACCCGAAUUCCAGUCAAAUGACGACGAUCAUAGCGAAGAUCAAGGGUUUGAAGCCGAUCAAAACGUACCUAAACCCAAGCCUCAACGUAGCAAGAAAGCGCGUACUGAAGCUGGUGAAAACUCUCAAGGACAGAUUUCAAGUCGUAAAAUCAGAUCCCCAUCACCAAUUCUAGCUUCUAACAAUGAUGAUGAGGAACAAAAUCAAGAAGGCCUAGAACAACAAAAUCAACACAGGAAAGAGCUAUCCCGAUCACCUCAAUUUCCAGAAGAUGAUGAAGGUAGUGUGCAAAUGCCUCAAGAUGAGCAACCUGGUACUAUCGCACAUUCGUUUACCCAAGCCAGCGCUCGUUCCAAUGUAAUAGCACAAGCAAUUAAGAAUGGUUUUGGUAUAUCGCAAACUCGUACGCCUUGGUCUGAUAAAGAUACACAACUUCUUAUUGACUACAUCGGCGAAAAAGGUCCCAUGUGGAAAGAAAUUGAAAAAUCUGGUGAUCAAUUUGAGCGAGAUAAUAUCACUCAGGUUGGUUUGAAGGAUAAGGCGAGAAAUAUCAAAGUUGAUAUUUUACUAGCUGGCCAAAUACUCCCACGAAAUUUCACAGGGGUCAAACUCAAUGCAAAUUUGAUUAAGAGGGUGAAGAGAACAUGGCCUAAUUAUGAUCCUUAUACCGAUACGGGGUAUGCAACAUUCUGAUUAUAACCAUGGAUCAUAUGUACUCAUCACAUAAUAAUCAAACGUCCUUGCUUCUAAACUUCCAAAUGGCAGUGGAGGUGCUGAGUAUUUUGAAUCGAACAAACGCGAUUCAAUUGAAAGAAACUUUAACAUCUUUCAACUCGGAGUACAGUUUUAUGAAAUAGGAUAGGAUAAAAUAGGUCUUCGGAUGUACGUGUAUUUACCAGUGGUUGAAUGUGUUUAUAAGACGAGUUGAAUUACUUGGGUUGGCUGGAUUUAUGGCGUCUCUGCGGGUGGAUGGGUGGGCGUAUUGGCAUACAAGCCUGAUUAUGAUAUGAUAUGAUAUGGUAUGGGUAUGAAUAGGAUUCUGGUUCGUGGGCGGUAUCAUGUAUUUGGAGGAAUGGAUAUUGCUUGCUUGCUUGCUUGCUUUUAUUUUUGGCAUGGCAGUUGAGGAGUUUGGGGAGGGGAUGUUUUGUUUUGUUGCAUGAGGAUUAGUUGGGAUGGGAUGGGAUGGAAUGGAUUGGGAUUGGGAUAGGAAUGGGAAUGAGAAUGAGAAUGAGAGUUACUCAUAUUCUCUUUUUUGAUACUUGUAGCAUAAUUAAUUCUAUACCUUUUUCUUGUGAUUGAUUUUGAUUGAUGGAUUUUGGUUGAUUAUAUAGGGACUUAUUUGUUUGUUUGUUUGCUUGCUUGCUUGCUUGCUGGCUGGAAUAUGAUAUGAUA